AUGGCGUCAAGGAAAGUACUUCUUCUUGGCCUUUUGAUAUCUCUUUCAUGUUUGUGGGUAGCUAAAGCAUUGGAGGGAGAUGCAAACGUUGGGGAAGACGUGAAAGAUGUAACGAUACAACGUGGAGGAACUUGCAACAACGAUAAGACUUGUCGUGCUACAUGUCCAGGUUGUGCGAUAACAAAAUGUAUUUUCCAACAGUGUGUUUGCGAUCGAUGUAACCCUCCAAAACCAAAUUUACGUGUUAGAAGAGAAAGAUUUAGUGGAGAAAUGAGAGAUGCAACGACUCAAGGUGGACGUGGAUGA